UGUCGGUAAACACAUGCUGUGAAAUUCUCAACGAAAAAUGGCGCGGCGGGACGCAGUGUUUCCGAAUAUUUUAAAAUGUUUAUUUAAAACAAAAAAAUAUUCCAUUUACAUUUUAUUUAUUACAAAAAUAUAGCUCAGAAAACACCAUACAAAUUAUAUAUUUUAUUUUAGUUAUAAUCUAGAAAUACUUUAAUUAUGUUAAACAAAUAAAGUGUGUAUGAAAAACAACGUAAUUGGUAAAUAUAAAACAUUGAAAACACUGGUAUAUGUGAAUUGGCAAAAGCUGCAGUUUUUUAACUGAAUGUCAAAAUUAUUAAUUUGCGAUUGCGUUUUAUUUCACACGUAGAGUUCAAACCACAAUGUUAACACAACAGAUUAGAACUUUUCCUCCAUUACUGCAGGGCGGUAAGCACGCAGCGUGGAAAUGAUUUCUUUGUUUUUCACCGAAUGUUUUUUGUUGUUCAGCACGCUUUACCAUUUCAGUUUAAGUAACGUGCGUCAUUGCCUUUCUCUCCUCAAUGGAAAGGAAAUUGCUCUCUCCUUCUUUUCUCUCUGCUCCUGCUCCAUAAGCAUGUUGACUGCAGUUUUAGCUUAUAAAUGUGGCUAAACUCUGUAUAUCUAAAUGAACAAUUUAGUUUCACAAACAGUUUAUACGUUUUACAGUUAAAUUACCACAAUUGGCAACGGAAAAUGCCGUUUAAAAUGUAAACCGGUGAGCGAGCGUCAACUAAACCGUUAUGUUAAAGGCCUAGGCUAGUUGUUUACCGAGUCUGGCUUUAGCAUUCGUUUCUCUUUGCACGUAGGCAUUAGCAGCAGAUUGUUUUGAACAGUUGCGCCGCAAGGCUUGCGGCAAUUGUGUUCCACUUAUAUAAAUGUGUUCGGGCAGGCGAAGAUAGACCAUAUACAUGCCGCAAUGAAGAAAAACGACCACGCCGCUAUUUUGUUCCGUGAGAUGAGCAAAUUCCAACAAGUUGGAAUAUUAUGUGAUAUUGUAGUACCAGGCAAGAUAAAAGUCGAGCCGGCCCACCGAAUAGUUCUGCUAAGUGCCCGCUCCUGCGACGGAGAUAGCGGCUCCGAGGACGAAGGCUUCACGUCUUCGACAAGUGAAUCGAUAUCAGUAGAAGACGCGUACUUACCGUUAGAUAGUGUCACUCCAAAUACCCUGCAGCACAAGUCAGUGCACGACUCGCUGCAGCAACGACUGGGAAACUUGAACGAAUUCCGAUUACACCAUCACUGUUGUGACGUCACUUUGAAAACCGAAUCUUCCCAACAUGACGCGCAUCGUGUCGUACUAGCCGCAUGUAGCGAAUAUUUUCGUGCAAUGUUUACUUUGAACAUGAAAGAAAAUAACAUGGACUGCAUUGAACUAAAAGGAACGGACAGUUUUUACUUCCAAAAAGUUCUAGAGUUCAUUUACACAGGAGAGAUCAUACUGAACUUAACUGACGCAACAGAAAUAAUGCAUCUUGCAGUGUAUUACCAAAUACAUGAACUGGUACAUAGCUGCAAGGAGUAUUUACUUGCACAGCUUUCCAGCACAAACUGUUGCAAUUUGUACAGACUUGGCAAAGACCUUGGGCUUGAUUCUUUCACACGAACAUGCCUUCUCUUUAUCCAUCAGCAUUUUGAGGAGCUGGGAUCAAAUCUAUGUGAUGUUGGACUCCUAGAUGAAGAUGACUUGUUGUGGUGCUUGCAAAGUGAUACUCUGGGUGGUGGGGACCCCGAUUCUAGCUCAGAGAGCUCAGUUUUUCAAGUUGUUCUAGGAUGGAUGGAAGAGCAUGUCUUUGAUCUCACAGAACAGGCAGUGAAUGAAAUGUUAAGUAACAUCAGAUUCACUUUAAUCGCACCAGAAACCUUGGAAAGAUAUUUCAAUCAACUCAAAGAGUUAUUACCAUUUACUGAGGUUAUUUCUACCCAUUACAACACAGCAUCAAACUAUCACUGCCAAGUACACGAACAGCCAUUUCUUCAAACAAACAAAACAAACUUGCGUAAAACCAAAUCCUCAUGCGUCUGCAUUGACGGAGUCAUUACUCAAGAUAAAGUUCUCAUCCCAAGGGACUUUCCCCAACAUGAUCUAAUUACCGAUGAGGUUUUUACGUCAGAAACCGAUUCAACCAUCCGUGACCCGUACCACAAUGUGGUUGAACUGAACGGCUUCAUUUUCGUGUUUGGUGGGACAAGAUACUACAAGACAGGCUAUAGUUCUUCAGUUCUUCGAUACGACCCAAGGCUUAACACAUGGAUUGAAUUAAAGAAUAUGAAACACGAGCGUGGAGACUUUAUCGUUUGCGUGGUUAACAAUGAGAUUUACGUCAUUGGUGGUCGCAACCGCACUGGAGCGUUGUCAGCAUGCGAGAAAUAUAACUGCAGAGACAACACAUGGACUGUUCUAAGAGAUCUGCCACAGGGUGUUUACAUGGCAGCCGGACUCAGCUACGAAGGAAACAUUUAUGUUUCUGGUGGUUUCAAUGAUUUUGAGUCUCUUGGUACCAUGUUAUGUUAUUCCCCUGUAUCAAACACAUGGGAGGAGAUGUUCUCACACAUGAUGGUGGAUCGUGGUUUCCAUGCUAUGGUGCCUGGCCACGAUGGCAAGCUAUGGGUGGUAGGUGGAGUGGACAACCCCUUUGCUGGUAGAAAUGUGUGGGAAAUCGAAGCGUUCGAUACGAAGGACAAAAACUGGGUAUUUCUCGGCCAAGUUCUUCCUGUUGAGCCCUUCCAGUCAACCCUUAGACUAAACUCAACUCGAACAGUUGACGGCCAUAUUUCUCUGUUUUCUGUAUCUAAACCGACCUCGUAUCCACCCGUUGCGUACGACAACGCAAAACGAAUGUGGUACCAAGUAAAAGCAUCUGUUGACUCGCCGAAUAUUGCAAUAGAUUUCUCAUUUCACAAAAUCUAAUUGGGUGCUUUAUAUGAAUAAGGUGUAUAACGAACAUGGUGCUUAGCACACACAUCAAGUGUUUAGAAAAAUAUUGUGUUUUUGAAACAUCAGUUUUAUGCCCUACGUUGUUCCUAUUGUUUUAUUGUAUCACUGAGUUCUUAAACCUCUCUACUGUCAACAUAUCUCGCUGAUAAGUUGGUUGAAUACAAACACAACUUUAUUGAA